GGGUGUGUGAGGGGAAAGAAAAAUACAGUAACUGUAGUUAAUGUUGACAUAAAAUAGAAAAAGCAAAUGCCAUAAGCCUUUUAGGAGGUUCUCUUACAUUAACAAUGGGUUUAAUUAUAUCCCUUAAAUCCGAAGCGAAGUAUGGGCGCUGCUUCCAGUGUAUCAGAAGAUGUGUCGGUGCGUGAUUGAUGUAAUCUCAAGGAAAAUCAUUGAUAAUUAUAUACAAACAUCAUUGUGAAAUCCCAGGAAGAGAAUUCCCUUCCAAUAGGUUAGUUUCUGUGGGAAGCGCCAGGAGUCCAAUCUCUUUGAAAUUUCAUCCCUGCCUUUGUUAUACAUAGCUAGGGGCGGGAAUGCAAACAACCCCACAUGUAUAAAUCCAGCAACAGAACGAGUGAAUCUUCAGAAAAAAACGGGAAAGAACUGCACCGUCUACUCGACCUGAACGCUUACAGAGGACUAUACUGCAGUUAGAUCGCCAAGGGUGACCAAGGAGUGUGCCUCUUCCUCCCGAUUGUAAUUUCACAGUUUAAAUAUGCAUUUGGCUACAAUACCAGUGCUUUUAACUGCAUGUUUCGGGCUGUACGGCUAUUCGCAUGCUGUUAACGCGGGGUCCGGUCUGUUCAACUCCAAUGCUAUCAAAAACCUUUCCGGCGGUGCGCCGAAUCCCAGCUACCCGGUCAGUGCAAGCCCGGACAUCCUUAUGUACGACAGCGGCAACAAGAAUAUUGGCGCGGACACCUUUCAGAGUUACAGCUGCUUGGAUGAUGAGGAAUGUGCCGUUGAUGAAUACUGCCUCGGAUCCCGAGGCGUCUGUCUCUCCUGCAAGAAACGCAGGAAGCGCUGCGUCCGGGACGCUAUGUGCUGUCCUGGCAACCACUGCAGUAAUGGACUGUGUUUGCCUAAUGAUCCCGACACUACUUACCACGCUGUGGUCGAUGACACCAUCCCCGACCGUCUUGUUGAUGAAGAUCAGUUCACGGUGGAACCUCAUCCUAGACGAACCAUCGUACCCACAGGACCUCAGUCGCUUAAAGGUCAGGAAGGCGAAGUGUGUCUGAGGUCUUCAGACUGCGCAGAAGGGCUGUGCUGCGCUCGUCACUUCUGGUCCAAGAUCUGCAAGCCUGUGCUAAAAGAAGGACAAGUUUGCACCAAGCACCGAAGAAAAGGAACCCAUGGUUUAGAGAUAUUUCAGCGCUGCGACUGUGCAGAUGGCCUGGCCUGUAGAACCCAGCAGGGUGAUCACAGCAGCAAAGCAUCCAGACUUCACACCUGUCAGAGACACUGAUCAGUCUCGCAGCGGAUAUCGGACGAUCUAUUUUUACCUAUUCUAAGGACUGAUUCUUUGGUCAAAGUGUUUCAAAGUGCUAAAGGAAGAGUUUACAUUUAAUACUCUGUUUUCUUUUUAUCUCUCCCAAAAUAGCAGAGUAGCAUUGAUCGUUUCUCUUUUACGGAACUUCAGCUUCACAAUAAUUGCAGUAAAUUACUGUAUUGUAAAUAUUCGGAGUGGCACUUACGCUGUAAUUAUUUUUAUGUCAACAAGUAUUUUAAGAAAAAAGGUGCUGCAUGGUUAUCCUAAACAUUCUACUAUAUUGUAAAUUUGUAAACAAUGUAAUAUUGCUAUUUAGAAUAUGA